AUGGUGGAGCACACAACGUCCACGCCGUACAUCUCAGUGAUGGAUCAGUACGGCUACCAGAUCGGCAAGGUGAUCGGGCACGGGUCCUACGGCACGGUCUACGAGGCCUACUUCGCCAAGCAGAAGACCAUGGUGGCUAUCAAGAUCAUCUCCAAGAAGAAAGCGUCGGAGGACUACCUCAGCAAAUUCCUGCCGAGGGAAAUACAGGUGAUGAAAAGCCUGCGGCACAAGUACCUGAUCAGUUUUUACCAGGCGAUCGAGACCACGUCCCGGCACUACAUCAUCAUGGAACUGGCCCCCUGCGGCGACGUUUUGGAGUGGAUCCAGAAAUCGGGCGCGUGUUCCGAGGCCCUGGCGGGCAAGUGGUUCUCGCAGCUGGCCCUGGGAAUUGCCUACCUACACAGCAAGGGCAUUGUGCACCGGGACCUCAAACUCGAGAACCUCCUCCUCGACAAGCGCGAGAACAUCAAGAUCUCCGACUUCGGCUUCUCCAAGAUGGUCUCCCCCCAGACGCAGCCGCCGCCCACCCCCUCCUACCGGAUGAUGAGCUGCUUCUCCCACCUGAGCCAGACCUACUGCGGCAGCUUCGCCUACGCCUGCCCGGAGAUCCUGCUGGGCCUGCCCUACAACCCCUUCCUCUCGGACAUCUGGAGCAUGGGCGUCAUCCUCUACACCCUGAUGGUCGCCCACCUGCCCUUCGACGACACCAACCUCAAGAAGCUCCUGCGGGAGACCCAGAAAGAGGUGAACUUCCCCAGCCAUCUCCAGGUCUCCGACGACGUCAAGGAUCUGGUGCACCGUAUCCUGCGCCCGGCUUCCAAGCGCCUCAACAUCCUGGACGUGCUGAAGACCACCUGGGUGCUGAAGUACCUGGCCGAGAAGCCCACCACCGAGCUCAAAGCCCUGGAGGCCAUCUGCGGGUCCCGUCCAGCGGAAGCCGCGGCCAGCAAGGCCGCCACCCCUGGCACCAAAUCCCGCUCCCUAACCUUCAUCCCCGACAAGAAGAGGGGCGCGAGUCGCACUCGGAGCACCAACCAACUGAAAGGGAACAAAAGCACCGGCCAGCUGAAAGGGGCCAAGAAUGCGGAGAAAACCAGUUGA